AUGAGCCCCUACCUCAGCACUGCUGCUCAGGACAGCGAGCCACCACAGUCGAGCACGAAGGCUGUGUUCCCACACGUCGACUCUGAUCCUGCUGUCCUGCCCUCUUCUCUGGAUCCGUUCACUAUCACCACCCAGAAUGGCUUCCUUCCAUUGCAGACGCCUCAGAUCGACCUCCCCGCCGCUUUCAAGCCAUUGACCCAGCUGGCCGAGGAGAUGCCCAUUGUAAAGGAGGAUGGCCAGCCAGGCUUGCUCGCUACCUAUCAGCUUGGUCCGACCAUCGACGAGAAGAAGGCCCUGCCCGACCUCACGAAUGACAUCGACAGCCUUGUCGCCCUUGAUGGCAAGCCAGACCUCGUCGCCGUCACUGCUGCAUUUCGCGACUACUCCUUCUUAGCCUCCGCUUACCUACUUGAGCCUUGUUGGGAACGUUGGAAUAAGGGUCUUGAAGGCUACGGUCUUGGUCGUGAGAAGCUACCUGCUUGCCUUGCUGGACCAUUGGUUAAGACUGCGAAGUUGCUCGACAUCCCUCCGUUCAUGUCAUACGCUGCCGCAUACAGCUUGUUCAACUACCGCUUCGCUGAUGCAAAUGUUGGCUUCGACCAGUACUACAACCUUCGCCUCAUCCGUGGCUUCGAGCGUGGGCUUGAUCCAUAUUCAUCUGAAGCUGGCUUCAUUCUCACCCAUGUCGACAUGGUCAGACAUACCGGGGGUCUCAUUCAGGGUGCAGUCCAGAUGCUCGAUGCCGUCGCUGCCGACACGGGCUCUUCGACUGUCACCGACUCCUUCGAGCUUCUACUCAACACGAUGCACGUCAUCGAACAGUCUAUGGAGAAUAUGUGGUCUCACUCACGACCAAAGGACUACAUCAGCUACCGCACGUUCAUCUUCGGAAUUACCAACCAGUCCAUGUUCCCGAAUGGCGUCGUCUACGAAGGGAUCAACGACAACCAGCCACUUCACUUUCGUGGAGAAUCCGGCGCCAACGACAGCAUCAUCCCUCUGCUUGACCACCUUCUUCAAAUCCCAAUGCCGCAGAACCCUCUCACCGAGAUCUUGAAAGACUUCCGCAACUACCGACCAAAGCCUCACCGGGACUUCCUGACAUACGUACGGCAGCGUGCUGAAGACAUUGGCGUGAAGGAUUAUUGUUGCAAGGACUUGCAGACGAAAGUGUUGUAUUUGCGUCUUCUCGAGCAUGUUCGCAGCUUCCGCUGGAGGCACUGGCUGUUCGCGCGCGAGUACAUCAUCCGUCGCAGCAGCCAUCCCACUGCAACUGGUGGAAGUCCGAUUGUGACGUGGCUACCAAAUCAGCAGUUCGCGGUUAUGGAAUUGAUGAGGGAGGUGUGGGAGAGCAUCACACCGGCUGAGCGUGAUGUGCAGGGGAAGACUGUGAAUGAGAUGAUGGAGACUGUGUACGAUUCGUACGAUAAGCUUCAGAAGGAGGUGGAGAAGUGGUGUCAGGAACGGGAUCCAAAGGCGUCUCAGGCGUGA